UCUCUCAUCUUCCAUAAAAACUCCCUCUCUAUAUCCUAUCUAGUCUCUACUAUCAUCAUCAUGGCCUUGUCUUUCUCCUUCACCGCCUUAGUCCUCCUCAUCUCCUCCGUCGCCGUGGCUUUCCUCCUCCUCUUUCGCCGCACCCGUUACCGUCUGAUGGGACUUCCUCCAGGAAGUCUUGGGCUUCCUCUCAUAGGCGAGACUUUGCAGUUGAUAAAAGCUUACAAGACAGAGAAUCCUGAGCCUUUCAUCGACGAGAGAGUGUCCCGGUACGGUUCGGUUUUCACGACGCAUCUAUUCGGUGAACCGACGGUUUUCUCCGCUGAUGCGGAAACGAACCGGUUCGUUCUCCAGAACGAAGGGAAGCUCUUCGAGUGCUCUUAUCCAGCUUCUAUAAGUAAUCUUAUGGGGAAACACUCUUUGAUUCGUAUGGAAGGUUCUUUGCAUAAACGUAUGCACUCUUUCACCAUGAGCUUCGCUAAUGCUUCGGUCAUGAAAGACCAUCUCAUGGUUGAUGUUGACCGGUUAGUCCGGUUUAAUCUCGGUUCCUGGUCCUCUCGUGUUCUCCUCAUGGAAGAAUCCAAAAAGAUGACGUUUGACGUUGCAGUGAAGCAGCUAACGAGCUUUGAUCCAGGGGAGUGGAGUGAGAAUUUAAGGAAAGAGUAUCAUCUUGUUAUCGAAGGGUUCUUCUCUCUUUCUCACCCUCUCUUCUCAACCACCUACCGCAAAGCAAUCAGAGCGCGGAGGAAGGUGGCGGAGGCGUUGACGGCGGUGAUUAUGAAGAGGAGGGAGGAGGAGAAGGAAGGAGCGGUGAGAAAAACAGAUAUGCUAGCGGCGUUAAUCGCGGCCGAUGAUAGCUUUUCCAAUGAAGAGAUUGUUGAUUUUUUUGUGGCUAUACUCGUCGACGCUUACGAAACAACUCCUACGAUCAUGACUCUCGCCGUUAAGUUUCUUACUGAAACUCCUCUAGCUCUUGCUCAACUCAAGGAAGAGCAUGAAAAGAUUAGGGCAAUGAAGAGUGAUUCGGAGAGUCUUGAAUGGAGUGAUUACAAGUCUAUGCCAUUCACACAGUGUGUGGUUAACGAGACGCUGAGAGUAGCUAACGUCAUCGGUGGCGUUUUCAGGCGGGCAAAGACGGAUGUUGAGAUCAAUGGUUAUAAGAUUCCGAAAGGGUGGAAGGUGUUCUUAUCGUUUAGAGGGGUACAUUUAGACCUAACCAACUUCGAAGACGCACGCACUUUCAACCCUUGGCGAUGGCAGAGCAACUUGGUAACAACAACAAGCACUUCGAAAGUGUUCACACCGUUUGGUGGAGGACCAAGGAUAUGUCCCGGGUACGAGCUGGCUAGGGUUGCAAUCUCUGUAUUCCUUCACCACCUAGUGACUGGCUUCAGUUGGGUUCAUGAAGAGCAAGACAAGAUGGUAUUCUUUCCAACUACAAGAACACAGAAACGGUAUCCGAUCAUCGUGAAGCGACGUGAUGGUUGCUUAUCAGCUACUUAAUGAAAAAGAAGAAGAGACCAGAAGAUUCUAUUCAACUUUCCUUCUUUAUGUUCAUUAUGGAUCCAUAGCUGAACAAUAAAAGUACCAUUACGUUUGCAUUAAUCUCUUCUGCUUUACUCUUUACACUUGCAUAUAAUUACAGUUGAAAACGACGUCGCGCGCGAAAGUUCUCAAUUUAUUUUAUAGACACGCCAUCA